CUUCUUUAUUUCUCUCUACAGUCGGUGUUCUUAGAGCUUCUCUGCUGGCUGAUGGCACUAACAUACGACUCGCUGGUGGCAGCGACUCCUGCUCUGGUAGAGUAGAGAUCCUGCAUAAUGGCCAGUGGGGAACAGUGUGUGAUGACUACUGGGACCUGAAUGAUAGAGAGGUGGUGUGUAGACAGAUUGGAUGUGGUAAAGCUGUCACUGCUCAUCAAAGUGCCCACUUUGGUCAGGGAUGUGGUGAAAUAUGGCUGGAUGAUGUUGCUUGUUUUGGAAAUGAAAGCACCAUCACACAGUGCACUCACAGAGGAUUUGGAGUAAACGACUGUAACCAUGGUGAAGAUGCUGGUGUUACUUGCUCAGACAUGCAGAGUCCAACACUGACUCGGAUCUCCCCAAACGCUGUGGUUUCACCUGGAGAAGUCCUGCAGUUCAAAUGUACCACACCCAGUCCAUGCAUCUCUGUAGACUUCAGUUUGUAUAAAACUGGGAAAUUGAUAAAGAACCAAACUGCAGAGACUACAACAACAUUUACUCUGACUGUAGAUGCCUUACAUCAGGGUCAGUACACCUGUGACUACUCAUACAAGGAAAGUAACUCUACAUCAUCUAGGAGCAACUCCAUUAACAUCACUGUAGUGAACUUGCAGCAGCCAAAUAUCUCUUUCAUUGCUGCUAAUGGAUGGUACCGCUAUGGGCCUGAAGGACCAGAAUUGAUCAAGGGCUAUGGCUUCUCCAUCAUCUGCUCCACUGACCCUCAGUAUGCAGGAGGUUCCUUCCAUUUGGGCUUUAGUGGAUCCAACACCUCCAGAAUUCAGUCAGCUGUUAACCACUCAGCUGUCUUCCUUUUUCCCGAAGCAGAUUUUGAUCAUCAGGGAAAGUACAGCUGUACUUAUGAAGUUAAAGUGUCUUCACAUACCUUUAACUCCAUUGCCACUGAACCCCUUUUUGUUGCUGUGAAAGCAUCUCUAGCUCCAUACAUUGGUAUCGGGGUGACAGCAGGACUGCUUCUCAUCUUAGUUCCAGUCAUCAUUAGCUUUGUGAAGUCACAGAAAAGACAGAAACUUCAGAGUGACACAAAGAGAGAUUCACAGCGUGCUAAAAAGACAUAUGAGUGUCACCAAGCAGAGGCAGAAACCAUUUUCUACCAGAAGGAUGAUUCUGAGGACUCGGAUAAUGACUACAUUAAUGUAGAGGCUGAACAAAGAAGUGAUGCAGAUGAUGACUAUAUUAAUGUUGAUGCUGAGGAACAAAGACAUGAUUCUGAGGACUCGGAUAAUGACUACAUUAAUGUAGAGGCUGAACAAAGAAGUGCUGCAGAUGAUGACUAUAUUAACGUUGAUGCUGAGGAACAAAGACAUGAUGUGGACAAUUACUAUGAGGAUGCAGAAAUUUGUGAAAACUCUGUAGGGUAAUGAGGAAAACUAAAUGAUUAUCCAAUGAUGGAGGUACAGACAAGUGCAGGCAGCAAACAAAACAGAAACUAAUACAGAGAGGCAAAUUGAAAGGUGCUAAAUUGGUAGACUUAUAGCCAGACUUAGAUAGACUCUGUAUUAUAAGCAAAAGGUGCUGCAUCAAUUUAGUUAAGGGGUGUGUAAGGGAUUUGCAAUUAUGCAAGCAAGUUAUUGUAAGUUUCCUUUCAUUCUUGUUUCCCUAAAACAUUUCUUUUCUCAAUUCAGUCUUGUUAGUUACUAUAUCACAUAAAAGGAGGAAAAGAUGUGGUCUGUUAUCUUUUUUUUUAAACAUCACUAAGACCUGUCAAAAUCAAAGUCACAGUUUAUUUUUAAAGCACUUUUUUUUAAAAACAACAAGUGUUUGUCAAAGUGCUGUACAUACAAAAGGAAACAUGUUCAUAAAUACAAACACAUAGAAACACACUUAAGACACAAUAAAAGAAAGCAGCUCUCACAUGGCAUCGAAAGUCAGUGUCAUGACUCGGGGCAGAAACGGACCCAAACGCAGGAUAGCUCAAAUCAAAGUGGGUUUAUUAAUGCGGAAACACGAAACAUGAAAUAGACUAGACAGGACAAAGACAACAGUGUAUUCCGCGCUGCACAAGGCAACGCGGCACGGUUAUAUAGACGAGGUAAUGACUAUGGGAAACAGGUGUGUGGAAACGGAAGGAGCAGACAAGGGCAGGGCAGACACGUGACGAAGAACAUAAGCACAUGCACGUGGCCAAAGUCCCGGCUGAGUCCUAACAGUCAGACUGUAAAAAUAAGUUUUCAGGCAAGACCUUAGUGCUCUUGAUGGAGCAUACAGAUUAAUCAAAUCUGAUAAAUAACUUGGUGCUGACCCAUUAAUCCUGAAUCCUAUAAUGGUAGCCGGUGAAGAGACGUGAGAAUGGGAGUGAUUUGUUCCCGCUUUCGUAACAGAAACAUCUGUAACAGAAGUUUUUUUUUAAUAAGAAUAAUUUUUAUAUCUACUAUGUUAGUGCUAUGAUCAGUGGCACCAUAAUUGUUUUAGGCUCAACCAAUGAUGUGCUUUACAUGUCCUGUAGCUACACCCUGACCCCAACACAGAUUGUGUAUCUCUACUCUUAUGGCAGGUUGAAGUUGUAACCUUUUUAUCUAACACACUCGAAAUGUUGAACGUUCACUUGAAUGUUCAUGUACGGACUGUAUUUUUUGUUGCACAUACAAUGCUGGGAACUUGAUAUACACAAAUGUACGUACUUUGUAUGUUAAUGUGUCCUUGUGUUCUAGAAACUUCUAUGCAAUAGAAUGUUUAUAUUGGGAUGAUUGACUGCACAGGUUGUGUGAAUCCCAAGUUAGAUAAUGAAGCUGGUGGGGGUGGAAAGACGUGGGAACAGGAGAGGUGGGAAAGAGAGAAGCGGGAAAAAGAAAACGAUGUAAUGUGUCUGAGAGAGAUGUAGUGACCUCAUAUAACUCAGAUAAUUAUUUAAUUUGUUUAUACUUGUUUGUGUGUUUAUUGUUAGACAAUUUGUUAAAAAAUUAUAGUGAUCCCAUACUUUUGGUGGCAUGGUAGACACAAUUUUUUUAGUGUUUAAAGCUAAACAUUUAAUUCACAUUUAAUCUUGAUAAGGUGUGACAUUGUCUUAAGUAGAAGUUAGUGAACCUUCAUCCCAACUGUUAUAUUUCAUCCAUUUUUACUUAAUGUGAGUUUAUAAAUAAGUGGUAUUUUAUUUUGCUCACUUAUUUUGUUAAUAAAUUCAAUUUGUGUUCAUCUUUAAAA